AUGCAUCUCACAUCCCCGAGCCGCCACCCUCCUCUCUCGCUCGACGCCGCCGCGCCCUACCCCGCCGCCGCCUCCCUCCUCUCUCGCUCGACGCCGCCGCGCCCUACCCCGCCGCCGCGCCCUACCCCGCCACCGCCACCCUCCUCUCUCGCUCGACGCCGCCGCGCCUCUACGCCGCCGCGCCUACCCCGCCGCCGCCUCCCUCCUCUCUCCCACGUAGCCACCGCCGCCGGCCCUCCCACGCAGACGCUGCCGCUGGCAUUGCCCUCCCUCGCCGCCGCCUCCCUCCUCCCUCCCAGGCAGGCUGCCCGCACCAUUGCUGCCGCGCGCCCGAUCUGCUUGCCCGCCGCCGCCCGUGGUGCUGCUUGCCCCCUUCGCCCACCACCAGCCGUGGGAGCUGCGGCCGCCACCAUCCGCGGAAGCUCCGGCCACCACCAGGCGAUGCUUCGAGGUGGACACGAGGGGCGGUGUCGCGGGGGUGUUUGA